GCACACACCUCACACCCGAUUGCGACGAGACACGACUAUAACGAUCGAAACGAUAUCAUACCUGACUCGACUCGAAAGACAAUAGAACUCGACUCCAACAAUACAACUCCACUGCACCAAAAGGCCUUGGCAACGCGAUCACACCUAGAAUCAUUCUAGAAUUACCUGUCAUCCGACCCACAAGCGGCGCGUUUCGGUGCCUAUUGUGAUCGCCCAACAGCUCCCGCUUGGGCUACCAACAGUACAAGCACACGGCAAAUAUCUUCUUUUUCUUUAACGGUCACUUUCGUUUAUAAACGAUUCAGCGCAGCCUCCGACAUGACGGCUCCAACACAGACACCUGUUCCUAUAUCUAUCACGAUCUGCGGCGACGGCGGAUGCGGAAAGUCCUCCAUUACACUGCGCCUAGUUCGCUCGCAAUGGACUUCAGACUAUGACCCGACUAUCGAGGACUCAUAUAGCGUGACGCGCCGCAUCGAUGGUGUUACUUACCAUCUAUCUCUUACCGACACGGCUGGCCAGGAGGAGUACCGCGGCAUGUGGGCUUCCUCGAACCUCGGCGCCGAUGCUUUUCUCCUCGUCUACGAUAUCACAUCCAAAGACUCCCUAGAUGCCCUGCAGCAUUUUAAUGAACUUAUCGAUAUGGAGGCAGAAACUCGUCUUGAUAACGCUGACCGCGCACGCCGUGCUGGUCUGCGCUCAGGUCACGAUACGCGGUCCCGCACCAUCCCUCCUGUCAAGCUCGUCGCCGGCAACAAGUGCGAUCUGCAAGAGAGCAGACAAGUCCCUGCAGCUCAAGGUCUUGAAUGGGCCCGAAAGCGCGGAUGUGGAUUCAUGGAGACGAGUGCACGGCUGGAAGUCAACAUCGAAGAGACGUUCGCAUUGGUUGUGCGCCGGGUGGUUGAGGCUCGACGACUUGCUGAUACAGGUCCGGACGCAGCAGAGUUUAAUGCCCGCGGUAUGACGAAACCGCUGACGCCUCUUCCGACUGAUAGCGACACCGAGAAGCGCGCGGUUGGAGUGCGAGGACCGAAUCUUCAGGGCGACAGAGUGGGAGGGAAGAAGGAUAACGGCUUUUGGAAGAGCCUGCGAUGUUGGUGAAGUCGGGCAAGGGCAUUGUGAGAACAGGAUGAGCAAAAUGCUGGGAGAGUUUGUGUGGGUUUGUUGGGAGGAAUGUUUCAAAAGGCUUCAAAAUCAUUAUAUACCAGGGAUAUCUCGGCGUCUUGGCGAAGGGCUUGGACUUUUAUCUUCUUUAUCGUUUUACAGAGGACGCGUUUGUUCUGGGGAAAGGAUGUCUUCCAUCAUCUGACAUCAUGGAGUUAUGCCUGCGCGCUAUUGUCUUGGUUCUAACACCGCCGGGACUGAUGAUACUAUUUUACCUUGACCACUUUUUUGCUGCUUGGUGCGGUGUUAAAUUCUGCUUGUAAACUUGGGGCCGCCAGG